AUGGCUGAAGAAAAACACUCCCCAGAGCUCUCUGAACAGCGCGACCCAGCCACCAUGGAGGCCGCGGCCCACGUCUCUCUGUACGACAGCGACGAGGAUCUUCUCGGCCAGCAGAAUGUCGACAUUGUCCUCAACAAGAAGAUGCACCUUGUCAACAAUCUAACAACUGCCAUACCCAAGGCUAUCGACGAGAUCGGCUGGACGGGCUACCACUCGAAGCUCUUCGUCCUCAACGGGUUUGGCUAUGCAGUCGAUAGCCUGGUCCUGCUCCUCCAAGGUGUCAUCUCAACCCCGGCCUAUACUGAGUUCGGCGAGGUUGGCUACAGCGGUGGCCUUACCAUCGCGGUCUAUGUUGGCAUGCUGGUUGGUGCCAUCUUCUGGGGCUUCGGCGCCGACGUAAUAGGUCGCCGCACCGCCUUCAAUGUCUCCCUCUUCAUCUGCUCCGUCGCAACCAUUGUCUGUGGCGCGGCGCCCAACUGGCCCGUCCUCGGCUUCUUUAUCGCAGUCCUUGGCUUUGGUGCCGGCGGUAACCUUGUCCUUGACACGGCCGUUUUCCUCGAGUACCUGCCUGGCAACAAGCAAUGGCUUCUCACAGGGCUCGCGGCAUGGUGGGGAAUCGGACAAACCGUCACCGGCAGCAUCGCUUGGGGGUUUCUAGUCCCCGAGCGCUACAACUGCAAAACCGUUGCGACGUGCACCUACGACAAUAACAUGGGCUGGAGAUAUGUCAUGUACACUGCCGGCGCGCUGGUCCUUGCCAUGUCGCUCGCUCGCAUCACGGUUGUCCGUCUCAAGGAGACUCCCAAGUAUCUGCUAGGCAUGAGAGAGGAGGCAGCGCUUGUCGAGAAUCUCCAGGCGCUCGCCGCGAAGUACAAUCGGCCCUGCUCCCUGACUCUGGAGCAGCUUGAGGCCUGCGGCACGAUCCGCUCAUCGGGCAAGGCCAAACGCUUCUCUUUUAGAGAGACGAGCCAGCACAUCUCUGGCCUCUUUGCAACCAAGAAGCUGGCGCUGUCCACAAGCAUGGUCUGGAUGUCGUGGACCCUCAUCGGCCUCGUAUAUCCGCUCUUCUACGUUUUCCUCAACAAAUAUCUGGCGAGCCGCGGCGUUGGCGCCGCCAACCAGUUCAACGUCUGGCGCGACUACACUCUGACCAACAUCUCUGGCAUUUUCGGCCCCAUCCUCGCUGGAUAUAUGUGCAACCUUCGCGUCCUCGGUCGCAGAUAUACCAUGCUUAUCGGGGCGAUCCUCACCAUGGUCUUCUUCUUCGCCUACACUACGGUGUCUACGCCGGACCAGAACGUGGCCUUCAGUUGUACCAUUGGCUUUUGCCUCAACAUUUACUAUGGCACCUUGUACGCAUACACUCCUGAGGUCCUGCCAAGUGCCCACCGCGGCACGGGCAAUGGCAUCGCCGUCGCCUGCAACCGCAUCAUGGGUAUCAUCUCGGCCGUUGUCGGCACCACCGCGGAUACCUCGACGUCGGUGCCAAUCUACAUCUGUGCAGCCUUGUUCGGUGCCAUGGGUGUGGUUGCUGCCUUGUUCCCAUUCGAGCCGUAUGGCAAGAGGAGUUCUUGA